AUGCUCUAUCUCUUGAUCACUUUCGGCGCCAUUGGCUGGGUGAAUGCACUUCCCAGUGUAGCCACCUGUUCCAACUCCCUUCCCAAGCCAAACGUCCCGGGAGCUAUCGUUACCUCCCUGUCGGCAUCGGUAGUUCAUAACUAUGCUAUCAAUGUCACCGGCGAAUUGAACAAUUGGUCAGUUCAAAACAUCACGGGUCUCGGCUUCUGUCAAGUAAAUGUUAGCCUGACACAUCCCGGGACCGGUGAUCAUGUCAACAAUCAAGUAUGGCGUCCUCUGGCUGGGUGGAAUGGUAUCUUUCUCGGCAUGGGAGGCGGUGGAUAUGUUUCUGGAUCCUGGCCAUCGUUGGCGCCUGCUGUGGAACGCGGCUAUGCAGCCGCGGCAACCGAUGGAGGUCACGCUCAGAAUAACUCUGGAGAUGCCACGUUGUGGGCUCUGGUCAGCGAAGGUGAUGUCAACAAGAACCUUCUUCUUGACUUCGCGUCCAGGUCGGUCCAUGAUAUGACAGUGCUAGGAAAAGCCGUUACCACGAGCUUCUAUGGAUCUGCACCAAAGUAUGCAUAUUGGCAGGGCUGUUCGACGGGGGGCCGACAGGGUCUUAUGGAAGCACAGAUGUACCCCAAUGACUAUGACGGCAUUGUCGCCUCAGCUCCUGCUAUCAACUGGAAUGACUUCACUCCGGCCCAACAGUGGCCGUAUACCGUGAUGAACAACGAACACUACGCACCUCCGCAAUGUGAGUUUGACGCUGUCAACGCCGCUGCAGUUUCUACCUGUGACCAUCUGGACGGCCUCGAAGACGGUAUCAUCGGUGCUCCAGGCCUCUGCGAAUUUGAUCCUUCAAGUCUUGUUGGGAAGAACUAUGCCUGCCAUACCGAUGGGACAACUCAGCGCUUUUCGAGCAAGACUGCAACUAUCGUGAAGAAGAUCUGGCAAGGACCGGCAGCCGCAAAUGGCACCGCGCUCUGGUAUGGCAUUCUCCCCGGUACCAAUUUCAGCUCGCUCGCGCCCACAGAGACCUUCAGCAAUGGCACCACUGUCGCAGAGCCAUUUGGCAUCUCUGACAGUUGGUUCCGUGACUUCUUGUUCAAAGAUGCCAUCUACAAUACCUCUAACAUCACCUACGGCGAGUUCCCGGGCUUAAUUCAUCAAUCUCAUGUGGAGUAUGAUUCCGUGAUGGGUACUAUGGAUGCUAAUUUGUCCGCAUUUAAAGCCUCCGGCGGAAAGAUGAUCACUUGGCAAGGUCUUGCUGACAACCUGAUUAUGCCAAAUGGAACUAUGCAUUAUUUUGACAGAGUCAAGGCAAUCGAUCAGAAUGUCACCGACUUCUACCGUGUCUUCUUUGCUCCUGGCGUGGGACAUUGCGGCGGCGGAGGAAGCGGGCCAAUCCCAAACGACGCUCUGAUGGCUUUGAGGAAGUGGGUCGAGAAUGGAACAGCUCCAGAGGUCCUCCCAGGCUCGAGCGGGUAUAAGAUCAACGGAACCAUUCGACAUCAGAACCUAUGUCUAUAUCCUCUUGUCUCGAAGUACAACGGCAAGGGUGAUCCAACGAGUGCAUCCAGUUUCACAUGUGUAAAGAAUUUUUGA